GCCUCUCAUCUCCUCCUUGCUGCAGCUGUUCGGCUCGGGGCGGGCGGGGGAGGUGAAAACGCAGGCGACUUCAUAACCAAUUGAUUUCGAAGCCCAGGAAAAAAAAUCUAGGCUAGAAAAAGAGUGCCCGCCGCUACCUCUGCGCGCCACUUCCAGACGGGACACUCGCCGAGGGCCGAGCUUGAAGGAACGCGCUGCGAACCUCCCGUCCCGAACUCCGCGGGGGUUGAGCAACGCGAGCGAGGAUCGAAUACGUCCUCCGAAAACCAAAUGGCAACUCAAUCGCGCAACCGGGCUGCCUCCUACUCGUCCCUCUCCUUAUCCUGGUACUGCUGCUGCCUGCUGCAGCUGCUACUGCUGCUCGCGUCCGUGGGCCCGCGCAGCACGGCGGCGCUGACGUGCGUCUGCAACCGGGCGAGCUGCGCCGAGCCUCGCGGCUGCCGCGGCAGUGCCGUGCUGGACGUGUGCCGCUGCUGCCUCGUGUGCGCGCGUCAAGCGGGCGAGACGUGCGGGGGGACGUUCGCUCUGCACGGCACCUGCGACCGCGGGCUACGCUGCGCGGCGCCCACCACCCCGAGCGCCGUGUUCGGCUUCGAGCCGGGCUACUGCCAGGUCGUGCCGCCCAGCUGCAACGGCGUGCGCUGCGCCGAGGCCAAGCCCCCUCUGUGCCCGCCCGACUCGGCGCUGCGCGGCGGCGAGCAGGCGGAGGGAGAGUGCUGCCCGCGUCCCUCGCGCUGCGAGUGCGAGCCGGAGCGCUGCGUGCCCACCGUGUGCCAGCCUGGACACCGCCGCGUGCUGCUGUCGCACGCCACGGGCCAGCCCGGGGACUGCUGCCCCCAGUACGGCUGCACCGCCGCCGCUGUGGGACUCGACUGCAGCCAGGAGACGUGCUCUCUCGAGCAGGACACGGCCUGUCCGCCGGACAGCUUCGCCGUGUUCGGCGGCGGAAUGAGCGGAGACGGGUGCUGCCCGCAGCCAUCCAGGUGCGAGUGCCCGGGGGUGUGCGAGCUGCUUCGAUGCGAGGCGGAGAGUGAGCCUCGUCUCAUCACGGCCGGCGACGGCAACCCCGGCAGUUGCUGCGACGUGUACGAGUGCACGAACGAGACGAAGGCCACGUGCACCUUCAACGGCGCGGAGUACGGCGACGGGGAGAUGUACCGCAUGGACGCGUGCCGCUUCUGCCGCUGCCGCAACGGCGUCUCCUUCUGCUUCUCGGCGCAGUGCGGCACGCUCGCGUGCCAGCGCCACUACGUGCCCGAUGGGGAGUGCUGUCCCGUGUGCGAGGAGCCCGAGAUGGACACGAGGCCGUCGACGCUGCAGAUGAUGUGCUUCGCCAAUGGCCAGAUCCGCGCCAAUGGCGACCGCUGGCGCGAGGACGACUGCACGUUCUGCCAGUGCGUGAGCGGCGAACAGCACUGUACGGCCGCCUCCUGCCAGGUGUCCUGCCUCAAGCCCAUCUCCGUGCCCGGAGAGUGCUGCCCCGUCUGUGAGGAGCCGACGGUGUUCACGAUUCAGCCGCCCGUGUGCAAGCCGGUGCCGCACUGCGAGCUCGCCGAGGACGACUGCCUCUUCGGCUUCAAGCUGGACAAGGGUGGCUGCCGCACCUGCCUCUGCAAGUCGAAGGCAGAGCACUGCAGGGCGCUCAUGACGGGCUGCUCGCUCGAGUGUCCUCACGGCCACGUGCUCAACGCACGCGGCUGUGAGCUCUGCGAGUGCCGUCCCCGGCCAAAGAAGUGCCGCCCGGUGGCCUGCUACAAGACCUGCCCACACGGCUACCUGAAGAACAAGCAUGGCUGCGAGGUGUGCCGAUGCGCCAAAUGCCCGGACUUCUCCUGUGACAAAGAGUGUCCCUUCGGCUACACGGAGAACAGCAAGGGCUGUCACCUCUGCAGGUGCAAAGAGGCCGCCAAGUCUGGAGCGGUCGCCACCACGGCGCCACCGUCGCCUCGGUCGCCGCCGCCGCCGGUGGUGGCGGCGGCGGCGGGAGGACGGUGCCUGUCCAUGGACGGGCGCCGCUACGCGGAGCGGGAGAGCUGGCACGACGGCUGCCGCGAGUGCUACUGCCAUGGCGGGCGCGAGAUGUGCGCCCUCAUCGCCUGCCCCGUGCCGCGCUGCGCGAUCCUGGAGCUGCGCCCGGGCCAGUGCUGCCCCGGCUGCGGGGAAGGCGAGGCGCCGGGCGAGCGCGUGGAUGCGCGCGCCGCUCACGCCGUGUGCCAGGCGCCCGGGGGGGAGUACUACGUGGAGGGCGAGAGCUGGAGCGCCGACGCUUGCACGAGGUGCGCGUGCCACGCGGGCCGCGUGCUCUGCGACACCGCGGUGUGCCCCCCGCUGCUCUGUGCCGAGCCCCUCCGCAACAAAGGCUCCUGCUGCCCCUCCUGCCCAGACGUGGCGGAGAGCCCCCAGCAGCCAGGGAACGGCAGCGAGAGCGUGUACUGCGUGUCGAAGGAGGGCGACGUGUUCCUGGCGGGCGAGGCCUGGAAGCCCGACUUGUGCAGGAGCUGCGUGUGCCAGGAGGGCUUCGUGCGGUGCUACACCGAGACGUGCCCGCCCGUCGCAUGCAAGCGCCCGGUCCUGCGCAAGGGGCAGUGCUGCCCCUACUGCCUGGAGGUGGUCGUGCCGCUGAAGGUUUGCUUCUUUGUGGAUGAAAUAUACGGCGAGGGCGAGCGCUGGAGCCUGGACCCAUGCACCCACUGCCACUGCCGUAACGGCGAGGCCGUGUGCACGGUGGAGGACUGCCUGGUCCCCGCCUGCAGCCAGCCACUCCUGCACGAGGGCUCCUGCUGCCCGGUUUGCCCAGAUGACGAGCUGUCGGGCGAGCCGACCAAUGUUCCAGUGGAAAAAUACGAAGACGACGGCAGGGUCAGAAUGAUGCCUCCUGCCCAGCUCACCGCCGUGCCUCCUCCGCGCGCACGAGGUGACUUGGAUAACAACUCCAUCUUGGGGGCGAGCCGCGACGCGUCGGGGCUCGACGGCGGGGGCAACGAGGCCGGCGACCUGUGGCUGUUGCAGCCGAUCACGUGGGUGGUGAUCGCGCUGCUGUCGCUGGGCCUCGCCGUCGUGCUGCUCGUGCUCACCAUGUCUCGCCGGCGCCAAUGGAUCCCCCUGCAGCUCUAUAAGACGCCUGUCAAGACGGUGUACCUGCACAACGAGGCGGAGAAGAAUGCGAAUGGCACAAAAGUUCCGCUGAACAACAUGAGCAAGGUUCCGAGGCUGGCCGACCCCGACCCUCGCUGCAGUGGCUAUUACAGUAUGGUCAACGCCGCCGCCGUCGUCACGACGCCCACAGCGCACGUCUAAACCGCCAGCCACCAGCGGUCCGGGCCCAGCACUCGGCACAGAACUUGCAGCAAUGAACUGAUGCACUUGCGCACGCGUAUAGCAAGUUGCUACCCCCGCAAUCGCACGCUGGUAGUCGAAAUACUCUUUAUUUUCAUUUCAGAUUCUAGGAUUGUGAUUUUUUUUUUUAGUUUGUCGGAAUAAUCUUUAAGGUUUGACCCGCUCAUUAUUAUUUUUUACUACGGCACAAAACCGUGCAGUUAGGUGCCUGCUGCGUAGAAAAGUACCCUCAUGAGAAAGUUACAUUGUUAGACCUUAAGCUAUGAAAACAAUUAAAACCCAGCGAUAAGCCGAGCAGAAUGCGAGGGAUGGUCUGUGCAUUAUAAUUCCACGUGUGACUCUAGUCAGUCAUUCGUUUUAAGCUCAGUUUCGGGAUAUAAACGUAUCGGUCACUUAAAAGUCUCCGCGUGCAAACGCUCCGGUCGUUAUCAGCCUGACGGGCAAUGGACAUUUAUAUUUUACGUGUUGAAAAGCAUUCGGGUUAAUGCUCCGCAUCACUUGUGGGCGUGAAAUUGAUUUCAUUCGGCAUCGUUAAGGGCCCUUUGGUGCCAUCUUUUAUGCACCUUUUUUCUUGCGAUAAGUCUUUUAUUGUGAUUUGCUACGUUUCAACGGCACUCCUACAUGGAAUAAAUAUGCUCCAGAUAUUUGGAUUGUUUUAGCAUUUGUAAAAAAGUGAGUGUAAAAUGUGUAUAUAUAAAAUAAGGAAACAUACAAUUUUUUGCAACACAUUGUAAUAUGGUAAUGGUUUUCUAUUUAAAAAAAUAAGUUCAUUUGAAAUAGCAUUUAUUGGCCUCAUUUCACUGUGUGUAACAAUUGACGUACAAAUUGAAGGUAUUUACAGAAUUUCUUCUCCAUUUUUAUAACCACACAAAUUCACUCUGUAGCAACUCUUUGUUUUUUACGUGAUAUUCAUUAAAAAAACCCUUUUUAAAAUAUAAGAGAGUAAGAAUUGAAUGUAUUGUCUUUUAGUCGGUUGUGGUCAAUUCAUCUGUUCUGGCAUUCCACAUUUUUUCUAUUAACUACUAGAAUACACAAGUAUGACUUUGUUUCUUGAUUGCGCUGUAUUGGAUACCGAAACAUGAACUCGGAAUGCGAACCUCUGAGUCCGCAGAGUCAAUUGACGAAUUUUGAGAUUGCGAUGUAGCCAAUGUAGGGUGAGAAAGUGGAGUGGUAAGUUAUUUUUAAGUAUGAGUUUAUUUUUUAACAGAGAAUCUGAUACUGGAUGUGGAAAAAGUCUGAAAGGAACUUGCGGUGUUUUGCAUGUACAGUAUAAACAUAUUAAUAAUGCUUUAAAGUUGUUUGGCACUUUGUAUUAGUUUGCAUUUUCUACUUUCGGAAGAUGCUAGGUUUUUUUUAAAGUUAAUGGCGUAAGCAGUGCUCUUGUAGAUAUUUUUUUCUGUAAUUUUAGCUCGCAUAAAUUAUUUAGUUUUUUUUGCUUUAUUUAUUAACAUUUUCCGAUUUCCUAGAUUUAUAGUGUAGGUGCAAAUGAUAUAACACAAGUUCCCAUUGAGAGAAAAAAAACACACACACAUAAACUCGGCUUGUUUUGUUACACUUACUUGCAAAUAUUAAUGAUGUUUUUUUACAAAAAGAAAUGUUUAUACCAGACAUUAUUUCAUCCAUUUCUGAGAGUUAUUGUUUUUUUCCCCCAAGUAAUUUUAAACUGUCUUAUUUGGAGUGUUUAUUUUGUAACUUUUAUUUUCAAUGUAUUUCCUUUUACUUCCGUGACAUGUAAAGUUGUGAAAUGUAUUCCUUGGCACUUGGUAGUGCAUGGUAGGGGGUUCGUUGUGUUGUUGUUUAUUAUUGUUGUUCUUAUUAGAGUUAUUUGCUUGUAAUUUGCCAGCAGAAGAUUAAUAAACUACUUACUUUCAAGAAAACAUUUA